AUGUUGCCCAUAUUUUUUUAAAAAAAUAAUAAAAUACAUAUUACUUAUUUUUUUAAAAAAAAUUAAUCAAAAAAAAGAGGCUGUUAUCAAUGUUUUUUACCUUUAUUUUUUUAAUUGAGUUUUUUAAAAAAAUACCGAAAAAAUAAAAAAGCAUAAAGAAUAGGAAAUAUUUUUUUAUUGUAUUUUUGCUUUAUUAAUGAAAAAAUAAAAUAAAAGUAUUUAUAUAAUUUACUUGUUUUACUAUACAUACUAUUUAUUUAUUAAAGUAUAUAUAUUUUUUUUUUCAACAAUUUAUUUAAUUUUAAUAAAUUUUAUAUUUUUAUUUUAAAAAAAGAAAAUGAUUUUUCCGCUUAAAAUUUAAGAAAGUUAUAAUAUUUCAUAAAUUCCUGGUUUAUCUUCACCAAUUUAAAGAUUGCCAAAUUUACAAAUUCAUAAAAACAGUAAAAAAAAAUUUUUAAAAAAAUAAAUAUUGAUAAGUAUAUAGAUAUUAUUUUUAAACUUCCACCUGAUUUCUAUAAUUAUAAAAACUCAAAUGAUAAUCAAUUAGGAACCCAAAAAAGAAUAUCUAAAUAAUAAGCGAUACUCUUAAAAAAUACAGAAUAACCAAAACUCAAAAAAACAAAAGACGAUAGCAUUUCUUAAGAAAACCAAAAUAAAUAUUUUUUAAAAAAACUUGAAAAACACAAUAUCAUUUCUAAAAGCAAACAUAAAAAAUCCUCAUUUUCGAAUGAAAAUAACUUAACUUUAUUAACAAGUCCAAAAUAAAUUUUAGAAAAAAAAAAAGGUAAAAAUUACAUAUUUUUUCAUUUUUUUUUUAAACAAAAAAAAGAUAUCUUUUAAUUACCUAAAGUAAAUAUAUUAAAAAGUUUUAUAGAACCUCAAUAAAAAAGCACUUAAAAAUCUUAAAUAAAAAAAGAAAUAAAAAUAUAAUAAUAAAUAUACUAAUCUCCUUAAGAAAACCAAGACAACACUUACAAAGUAAAAAAUAAAAAGCAAAAAAAUAUUAAAAAAAAAAUAUAGUACUAUGUAGGAGAAGGCAAUAAUAACGAAAGAAUUAGAAAACUUUUACAAAAAAGAAGCUGGUGGAGUGAAUGUACAGAUAAGACAAGUUUUUUUAUAAAUUUUAAAUGGCAAUAAUCAAGUAUUGGAUAUAAAUUUGAUAAACUUACAGAUUAAAAUUAGUUUAAAUAAGUUGUUAAUCAUUUUGAAUUUCAUAAAGAAAUAACCAAUAAAUAGAAUUUAAUUAAAAACUUAAUAUAAUUUUGUGAGAGCAACAAAUUAAAUCCUUUCGAAACAAUAACACCGUUAACUUAUGUUAUAGAUUUUAAAGAUGAUAACUGUGAAAUGUUUUUGAAUAGUUUUUUAAAAUUUUACGAAAAUAAUGUUCCUUAAAAUUUGAAGAAUAAAAUAAAUACUUAAUAUUCUGAAAAUAUAAAAAAACUAAUAAAAUAAUAAUAAAUAACCUAUGGUAUUUAUGGAUCGGAAAAAUAUGUGAACCAUGUAUAUGUAAAACAGACAAUGCAUGAGAGUUUUUUAGAUAAAUAUAAUAGCUCUUAUAUAUGGAUUUUAAAACCAACUUAUUUAAAUAGAGGAAGAGGGAUUAAUAUGUUUAAUUCUCUUUAAUAAUUGGAAAAAAUAAUUUCCAAUUAUUUAGAAGGAUUCGAAGAAUAACCGUUGAGGAAAAAAAAUGAACGAAAAAUCUAAGUUUAGAAAAAUCAAGAAGAAUAAAAAUAUUAAAUUGAAGAAAAUUUAUUAAAUACUUAAAGAAGUAAAAACUAAAUCCAAUAAAAAAAUACUUAGUCAAUAUUAUUAAAAUCAAACUAAUUCAUAAUCUAGAAAUACAUUGAAAAACCUUUAUUAUUAAACAACAGAAAAUUUGAUAUAAGAGUAUGGGCAUUAUUAACACAUGAAUUAGAAAUCUUAUUUUUUAGAGAAGGAUAUAUAAGAUUAUCUAGUUCCGAAUUUUCACUUAGAGAAAAUUAAAUAGAUAAUUAAUUCAUACAUUUAACAAAUAACGCAAUAUAAAAAUUCAGUGAUAACUAUGGUUAAUAUGAAAAUGGGAAUAUGUGGACAAUGAAUUAAUUAUGGAGUUAUCUAUAUCAAAUAAAUAAUAAUUUUACUGAAUAAUAUUAUAAGGAUAAAAUUUUAAGUAAAAUAAAAAUAAUUAUUUGGAUAACUUUUUGUUCUGUAAGGAAAAAAAUUAAUAUGCACAAUAGAAAACAUUGCUUUGAAAUUUUCGGGUAUGACUUUCUUAUUGACUCUGAAUUGAAUAUUUGGCUUUUAGAAGUUAAUACUAAUCCAGCUAUAGAUGAAUGUUCAAAUAUUUUAAAAAAGUUGGUACCUAGAAUGAUUGAUGAUGCAUUAUAAUUAACUGUUGAUAAAAUUUUCUAAAAAAAAAACAAUAAAAAUAUUUAUAAAGAUGACUAGGAAUAAAAAGAAGAAGAAAAAUAUUCUGUUGAUGGAUAUGAAGAUGAUUUUAAUAUGUGGUAAUGUUUAAAAAGAUUACAUAUAUUUUAUUAAUAUAUAAAAAUAGGGAAUCUUUAGGAAAUUUAAAAGAUUUGA